UCAAGACGUACAAGCCUGCUCAGGGUCCGCUUCUCCGGUGGAAGCGUAGCGGCAGUUGGGCGGCAGCCUGCAGGCCCUAUCUCACAUGGCGCGUAUAAGACUGAGGUGGUCUAAGACCAGGCAGCGCGCAACGCACCCCCAUGCACUCGAUCGUCGUCCUGUCCCUCCUCGCGAGCGCUUUCGUCGACGCCGGCGCGGCGCUCACUCUGCAUUCGCGCGCGGGCAGUGCUGCGACGGUGUACACUGGAUGCAAAGACCCCAAGACCGUCGCGGUGACCUUCGACGACGGGCCGUAUCAGUGGACAAAGACGAUCAGCGACAUUUUCACCAACGCCGGUGGACACUGCACGUUUUUCAUGAUUGGACUGAAGGACUAUGGGCGGAUGACCGUGGCCUCAGGGGACUGCAUCUACGACAGCCCACAAGUCGCGUCGGUCAAAUACGUCUACAGCAAAGGACACCAGAUCGGCUCGCACACCUGGUCGCAUCCCGAUCUCACCACGCUGUCCGCAUCGCAGAUACGACUCGAGAUCUCGAAAGUGGAUGAUGCGCUGCAGAACAUCAUCGGUGCCAAGCCGACUUGCUUCCGGCCUCCGUAUGGGUAUUACAACGACCUUGUGCGCUCUGUCGCCGGCGAAACGGGGAAGCACAUCAUCAUCUGGGACUUUGAUUCGGGCGACUCGACUGGGUCUUCGGCUACUGCCAGCGAAAAGGCGUACGAUAACCAAAUUGCCAAACACGUGAACAACUUCCUGGCGCUGAACCACGAGACAGAGGGUCACACCGACUGUGUGAGUGUUAACCAGGUCAUGCCUUACGCUGUAAAUGCUCUCAAGAAAGCCGGCUACAAGAUGAUCACGGUCGCCGAGUGCAUCGGUGUCACACCGUACUAUAACGUAGGAACCCCAGGAAACAGGACGGCUGCAUGGCAUUGCUGACGGGGGAAGGAGGUAUCCGAGUCAUGUAUCCGAGUCAUAGAGGUGUGGCUACUUGGAUUAGAUGUCAAGUAGUCAAAGUCGAUCGACACGUCUGUAGCUGACUCUGAAGCUUGCUGUCGAGCAUUGGUGCCAACAUUGCGGCUGCGUGAUGCACUUCCCUUUUCACGGACUUUGUUACGGAAAUCUCACAUGCGAGAAUGAGAUGGAGGAAAACAGUGUUUCUACAUUCCCGCGACCCACUCCGACGACUAGUGCCUCGGACUGCUCGCUAAUGAACAGAAACUGUCUCCAGAGCACGAAGCAUGGGAAUCAAAAGCCACUCGACCGCCGUCCAAGUUGUCGUAGGCUUAUGCAGAUUCGGUAGCUUGCAGGCCCGGCGCUUAAGGUGUGGACGACCUGGGCAGACCCAUGCUCCUGCCGGCGAGUACACAAUAAGAAGCCAAGAACGAUGGGGACAAUUGGAUGGGCUUCUCAUCGCCUCGUUUUCCUGGCGCGCAGCACAGCAGUGAGGUACAUGACGGAGAAGCAGACCGGCUACUGUGCAACAAACGCGUGGUGACAAGUGGUUCGCCAUACAUAGGUCCAGAGAGGAUCAUGAUUCAGCUGGCACUGUUUCGACGUGAUCGGAAGGCUGUAGAGCCCAAGCCUGAUACAUACUGCUGCGACACGGGCACCAGGAAGUACUAGCUUCUUCAC